CUGAUUUCAAGUUGUAAUCUCUAUUGGUUUGUUUUGAUUUUCUUGGCUAAUUUUUGUUAUUAUGUUGAGAAGCAGCAAUAUAAAUAGUGUUCUCAAUGAGCUCCCUGAUCCAUCAGCUCAAUCUUCCUCCAGUUCAAAUGGAAACCUAAAACAGGAUGCGGAAACUUGUUGCUCCUCCAAGGAUCAGGAUAUCAUGGGCAGUCUAGCCGCUUUGCAGUUAUCCGCAGGCGUACUCCAAAUAGCAGAACCUCCAUUAGAACAUGUGCGUGGACAACUCAGGGAGUUGAUUGGAAGACAGAACAAAAUAUACAUCGAUUUAUCCAAGGAGAAAUACAAACUGGACUGCAGCGAAGUGGCGAAACUGAAUGACAUGAUGAGCGAUGUAAAGCGAUACAAGGAGAAACUGACAAAGAUCAAGAAGGAAAUGCAGGGAGUCUAUCAGCGCACGAAAGAGUUGAAGCUAUAAAUUGCUGAUUACAGAAACGAGCCGCAAACGUGGCGGCCUGCAAGCACCGCGACUACCAGCGGAAACUCGACAGGCAACAGCACGAGGAGUCGCUCAUCGGCAGCCACUAGACGCACUGGAUCAGUCACCAGAUCUCGGAUUUUACAAGCACUACACCCAGCAAAGGCGCAUUUACAUUGGAAUUUCCGUUAACAACUAGCUAACAACUUAACACAGAUAACAGUUGAACAAAAGUUAAACCAUUUGGAUACAUAAUAAUAGUUGUAUAUGUUAUAAGAGUUGGCUAUCGUAUGCCUGCGAUAAGUCGGAAAGCAUUACAUUGUUUAUUGUGUAUAGUUAAGUAAAUACUUAAGAGAUUUUCAGAAAAAUAGAGCCACAUGCACCCGGAGUAAGGGAAGCCAAUGACUACGGUA